UUAAACGUCCGAAAACGCUUUUCAAUAAACAACAUGGGAAAGGAAAAGAAAAAGAAGAAAGAAAGACAUCGUGAUCGACAUGCACACGGUUCUGGUAAACGGAAGAGGAGGGAUGAUUCAGACUCGUCAGAUGAAGAUUCACCAUCAGAUUCAUCUGAUGAUUCUAGGUCACGAUCCAGGUCACCCAGAUACAGGGAAAGGUCGAGGUCACCACGGCACCAGAGACGGUCAAGGUCACCAAAAUAUCGCAGUAGGAAAUACUCUUCAGAUUCUGAUUCCUCGUCUGAUAAACGCUCAUCAUCGUCAAAGUCAAAGAAAAAAUAUGAAAAAAAAUCUUCAAAGAGUUCAAAGAAAAAGGAGAGAGAUGCAGCAGAAAUAGAGGAGGAAAAGAGACAACAGAAGGAAUUGAUAAAGGCUCUAGAAACUCCAGAGGAGAAACGAGCUCGGAGACUGGGUAAAAAAGAGGCUAAGGAGAGAAGACGGAAGGAAAAAAUGGGCUGGGACAAAGAUUACCUGGGUUACACCAAUGCUGACAAUCCAUUUGGAGACGAACACUUACUUGAUACAUUCACUUGGGGAAAGAAAUUGGAAAAGGAAGGAAAGAAAAAUCUGACAAAGGAUGAAAUUCAGCACCUUCACAAACAGAAAAUGGAGGAGAGUAGACGUGAACUCGAAAAGGUGAAGAAAAGAAGACUGGAAAGGGAAAAAGAAGAUGAAGAAAGGGAAAAAGAGAGAGAGAUGAUGCAGAGAGAAAAGGAAGUGGAAUACUUCAGAGAAUGGGAGAAACAGGAAGACAAUUUUCACUUGAACCAAGCAAAGAUGAGAUCCAAGAUCAGGAUUCAGGAUGGACGAGCCAAACCCAUUGACUUGCUGGCCAAGUAUAUCAAUGCAGAAGAUGAUGAUCUGGCAAUUGAAAUGCACGAGCCUUAUACCUACCUCUAUGGCCUAACAAUCCCUGACCUUGAUGAUCUCCUGGAGGACAUCAAGGUAUACCUGGAGUUGGAGGAAGGGAAGAAUGCUGACUACUGGCGUGACAUCAUCACAGUCACAAAAGAUGAACUCAGUAAACUGAAGAAACUUGAUACAAGUCAGAGAGAAUUUCAUGACAGACGUGAGGGCAUCAAUGAAUCGGUCAAUGUAGAAGUGGCUGGUAUCUUCAAAGGCAAGACAACUAAUCAGCUGGUAGCUCUAGAGGUUCAGAUGAAAAACAAACUGAAGGGAGGCGAGGGUGUAGACGUAGGUUACUGGGAAUCCCUGCUUCAGCAACUUAAAGCUCACAUAGCGAGAACGAGGCUGCGGGAGCGUCACCAGGAUGUUCUGAGACAGAAGCUCUUCAAGCUCAAACAGGAGCAAGGAAUAGAAUCCCAACCCCUAUUUCCUUCUGCCACUGGUACGGAGAGUUCUGCAUCAAGGGAAAGCACUCCGCGUCCUGAGACUACAAUGGCACCACCUGAAGUGAAAGUAAAACAGGAAGAGAUACAAGAGGAGUCUGAAGCUGGCCCUAGUGGGGAGGCAGCAGAUGAAGAUGAGGAGGAUGAGGGGGAGAAUGAGGAUGAUGAGGCUGUUAUCACUGAGGAGGACUUGGAAGAGCAGGCUUAUGUAGAUUACGAGGCAGGGAAGUACUCGCCUAAACUCCUACGAUUUAAUGAUCUGGAGAUUGAUACAGUUGUGUAUGAUCCUACUGACGACAUGAAGAAACUGGAAUUGGCCAGACAGCAAGUCAGAACACUGGGUCAAGUUAGGUUGGAUGGAGAGACGGAGUUUGAAAAGAAAGCUAGGGAGGGGAUGAAUGAUGAGGAGGCUCAGUUCAGUGUGGAGGUGGCCCUUGACCAGCAGGCCUUCCUUUGGUCAGACAAGUACAGGCCUCGUAAACCUCGCUUCUUCAACAGAGUUCAUACGGGCUUUGAAUGGAACAAAUACAACCAGACUCAUUACGACAUUGACAACCCGCCUCCAAAGAUUGUUCAAGGUUACAAGUUCAAUAUUUUCUACCCUGAUCUGAUAGAUAAGACCGAGACUCCCCAGUACACUCUGACACCUAUCGAAGGAGAUAAAGACUUUGCUACACUCAAAUUUCAUGCUGGUCCCCCUUAUGAGGAUAUUGCCUUCAAAAUUGUAAACAGAGAAUGGGAAUAUUCCUACAAACAUGGAUUUCGGUGCCAGUUUCAAAACAACAUCUUCCAACUGUGGUUCCAUUUUAAGCGUUACAGAUACAGGAGAUGAGGACACAUAUUUCUGAUCUAGGAAAUAAAUUUAUAAAUAUAACAUGGAGUCAGGACAGAGAAUAUCUACAGUUGUUGUACACUACUCAGUACACUCUACUUAACAUAAACAAAGCCACACUUUCAGCGUGUGUUUCGAUCAAUAAUCUCAAAGGUAAUCUUUGAACAACAGUGGAAGGAAGAGGUGAGAAACAGUGGUGUACAAAUACAGGGAAGUAAUAGUCACAGCAUUUCUACUGUAUAUAUAUACUGAGUAAACUCUGUGAUUUAUCUCUGUAUGACAGAGUAUGUAAUGAGAAAAUUAUGUUUGAUGUGUGUAGAAGCUGUUAAGUAUGUAAAUUUAGUUGGAGUUGUUACACCAACUGUAUAGGUACAUAGUGUACGUGUGGACCUAACUCCAGCUAGCGGAAGCUGUUAAGUAUGUGGAUUGAGUGGAAGUUGUUAGUGUGUACAUGUGGAACUAGUGGAAGUUGUUUGUGUGUACAUGUGGAACUAGUGGAAGUUGUUAAUGUGUACAUGUACGCGUGGAUCUUGCGGAAGUUGUUAAGGGUGUGGAUCUAGCAGAAUCUGUAUGGUGUAGAAGAAUGUGGUAAUGUUUCAAUAUUUUGCAAAAAUGAGAUAUUAAUUAAUGAAAAAAUGUGAAAAAUGAUAAUGUCAAGGUACGAUUGAAUCAUAUUGUAAUGCUGUUUUAUGAUAUGCAUUACAAGAGAAAAUAAAAAAAAGGCAACUCUA